UAGAUAACUAACAGUCACUUUGCCCUUACUCUAGCGUUGUGGAAAAUUUGUUGUAAGCAAGAUAGGCUUCAGUUUAGUGCAGUAGCGCGUUGAUUCGACAGAAUAGUCACUUUUGCUAAUAAUGGCGAAGAAAACUUAUGAUUUAUUGUUUAAACUAUUACUUAUUGGAGAUUCCGGUGUUGGAAAGACAUGUAUUCUAUUUCGGUUUUCUGAUGACGCAUUCAAUACAACGUUUAUAUCCACAAUAGGUAUUGAUUUCAAAAUCAAGACAAUAGAAUUGAGGGGGAAGAAAAUUAAAUUACAGAUAUGGGAUACUGCUGGUCAAGAAAGGUUUCACACAAUUACUACAUCUUAUUACAGAGGGGCUAUGGGUAUCAUGUUAGUUUAUGAUAUUUCAAAUCCAAAAAGUUUUGAUAAUAUAGCAAAAUGGCUAAGAAAUAUUGAUGAGCAUGCAAAUGAAGAUGUGGAAAAGAUGAUUCUUGGAAACAAGUGUGACAUGGAUGACAAGAGGAUGAUAAGUAAAGAACGUGGUGAUGCAAUUGCCAGAGAACAUGGAAUACGAUUUCUAGAAACCAGUGCAAAAGCAAAUGUUAACAUAGAAAGAGCAUUUGUGGAACUCACGGAUGCUAUUUUGAGUAAGGUAAGAUAA